CAAUACUCUCGUUCAGCACGUGGGUCUCGGGCACUGUCAUCGACGUAACCAGUCUCAGCCAAACACCUCGAGUCGAUCCUUGAGAUGACAAGGCCCGUCUGCGCCGUGUCACUGUAACCGCGUCUUGUAACGAGAAGCGCCCUCGGUUGAGAGCCUCAGAAUGCGAGGAGAGCCCAUCAUGUCGUUACUGUAACGAAGCCCGUCCCAGUUGCCGAAUCCAUACGAGCACGGCGCAUGGUCGAGCUCCGAGCGGGAGGGAGGGCGAGCUUCGACGGAAGAAUGAACGAAAGAUGGAGCCUCCGAAGAAGAGACGAGAGCAGAGAAGAGAUUCGAGCUCGCUCAGAUCUUGCGAUGUCGAGCGCAGAGCCUCGUUUCUGCUCAUGGUUUGAUGUUCUUUUGAUGUCGGGUGACGACACUACUCGCGAGGGCGAGUGAAGGAUUGAUGAAGGAUUGAAGGAGCGAGGGCGCGACUUUAUGUGGAGGCCGAGCCGAGGCGCAGGCAGAGGCAGAGGCAGAGGUUGGAGCGAGAGAGAGAGGGGACGGGGCGAUGGUUGCCGAAGUGCGCAAGAUGCGAGAUAGGGACGAUGCGGAAGUCGGCGGAGGAGGAGGAGGAGCGCCUGGGGGAGAAGCGGGAGCAGGGGCGGGAGGAGCAAAGAAGCCGAGGCUGGAGGCAACGACCGAGAGCGCGGGGGGCCUCCCGCACUUCGAGUACGAGGACGACGACGAGAAAGCUGAGGACGAGGAAUUGGAGGAGAGGUCGCGAGAAGCUCGCCGGCGGUACACGGAAGUGCGCCGAGAUUGCCCCUAUUUGGACACGGUGAAUCGACAAGUGCUGGAUUUCGACUUCGAGAAGUUUUGCUCUGUGUCGCUGUCCAAUCUGAAUGUGUACGCGUGCUUGGUGUGCGGGAAGUAUUUCCAAGGCCGCGGCCGGAACUCGCACGCCUACACUCACAGUCUCGAAGCCGGGCACCAUGUUUUCAUCAACCUGCAAUCCGAGAAGGUCUACUGCUUGCCCGACGGCUACGAAGUGAACGACCCCUCCCUGGACGACAUUCGCUUCGUUCUGAAUCCAAGAUUCACUCGCGAGCAAGUGGUGCUGCUCGACCGGAGCAAGCAGUGGGCCCGCGCGCUCGAUGGCUCCGAUUAUCUUCCUGGAAUGGUAGGGUUGAACAAUAUAAAGGAAACGGAUUUUGUGAAUUCGACGAUCCAGUCUCUCAUGCGUGUCACUCCUCUGCGGAACUUUUUUCUCAUUCCUGCAAACUAUGAAAAGUAUAAGUCGCCUCUCGUCGAGCGGUUCGGGGAGCUCACCCGGAAGAUUUGGCAUUCUAGGAACUUCAAAGGGCAAGUGAGCCCGCAUGAGUUCCUUCAGGCCGUCAUGGUAGCGAGCAAGAAGCGCUUCAGGAUCGGGGUACAGUCGGACCCCGUGGACUUCAUAUCUUGGCUGCUGAACACCUUACAUGCCGACUUAGGUGGCACUCGCAAACCCUACAGCAGCGUGAUCUACAAAUGUUUCCAGGGAGAGUUGGAAGUCGUGAAGGAGGUGCAAAAGAGCUUCAUUGACAAAUCGGAGAGCGAAGACCGUGCACAUGCUACUGUCGAAGAAGAGAAGGUCAGGAGCACGGUUUCAGUGUCGGAGGAGGUUAGCAAAAUGCCUUUUCUGAUGCUGGGAUUGGAUCUUCCUCCUCCUCCACUUUUCAAAGAUGUCAUGGAGAAAAACAUCAUCCCUCAAGUUCCUCUCUUCAAUAUUUUGAAGAAAUUCGACGGAGAGACUGUGACAGAAGUUGUCAGACCUCAGCUGGCUCGACUCCGUUAUCGCGUAACUAGGCUUCCCAAGUACAUGAUUCUGCACAUGCGACGGUUCACCAAGAACAAUUUCUUCGUGGAGAAGAAUCCGACCUUGGUCAAUUUCCCGGUCAAGAAUUUGGAACUGAAGGACUACAUUCCGCUCCCUGUGCCCAAAGAAAAUGAGAAGCUUCGAUCAAAGUAUGAUCUUAUUGCCAAUCUUGUGCACGAUGGGAAGCCAGGGGAAGGUUCAUACAGGGUUUUCGUUCAACGAAAAUCCGAGGAGCAGUGGUAUGAGAUGCAAGACUUGCAUGUGGCAGAAACCUUGCCUCAGAUGGUUGCUCUGUCUGAAGCUUACAUGCAAAUUUAUGAGCAGCAAAGCUAGUCGUUAGGAAUUUUUGCACUGAUGUUGUAAUAACAGUUUUCUUGACAGCAUGAUUUUGUCACAUAUACCAGUGGCUGAGCCACAUUUUUGCCUCGUAAAAGAAUGACUUCCUUUCCUCCUCAAUCACACUAAUCGAGAACGAAGGUGACCACGGCAUAAUUGUAAACUUCCUGCGCGUGUAACAGCAGGCCCGACCCAAUGGCCCAGAUAUACUUUUAGCUAUUCAAUUGUAAGAGUUUCACCUCUCUUUCGUUUGUUUCCCAUACGAAACAAGGAUUCUAUGUCUGUGCUCGUGACCAGCAAUGUAUUUAGAAUCUUUGCAGGGAAUUCUGGAUGACUGUGAAGAAACUGGGCAUAUCACUCAGCCCAUUAUAUUUGUCACUUAAAGCUUGCACUGCUUUGUUUGACGUCUGAUUGUUUG